CAUUAUUUGGCGGCCAUAUGUCGAUACCUGCUUUCUCGUCUAGAAUAACACAGGAUCUGUGAUACGAAUAGGAUCAUUAUCCGGUACCCGUAUGGCAGUCCAUCCAUCAUGCUCACAUGUCAACUAUCCGAAUCACGUCUCUCUGUUAUAGCAAAAUACACCAUAUACCUAAUUUUACAUAAGAAAGAUACCAAGAUCUAUAUAUCCAUUCUGGACUUUUAUCUGUUUAGACGUGUACUCAUUUUCAGUGUUCUGUUCCUCGAUCUUCAAGAUGAAUAUUCGGAAGGGAUCGUUCAUGCUCCUGAUCACCAUAGUGAUCCUGUCUCAAGCAGUGGCUUCACGAUUCCUUGAUGAAGCAGACGAAGACGAACAACUCAUGGAGGCAUGGAAUCCGUUCAAAAAGAUAGCACAUCGCAAUUGUUAUCCUAAAACACAGUGCGAAACUGCGGGACGUAAAAAAACAUGCAAGGACUACAGUUGUUGUCAGAUCGUCCUCUUCGGCAAGAAAACUCGUGCCAAAUGCACAGUUGUUACAAGUUAGACACCGAUCUUGCAUCCUCUGACGAUCUUCAUCAGCUAAUGAACUAAUGCUAUAACGUAUAGUUUAAACACCUUUACGGCGUCUUUUGGAGGAAUCCUACCAAGUACCAAGACAACGAACAUCAACAUACCCAGCGUCCUCUUUUUCAUGAUAAUUUAGUUGAACAUGUAAGAAUCUAAAAAAAUGAAAAACUAAGUGAGCAAUGCAACAAAUAAGGAUCAUCAAUUCCUACCAAUGUAUGUUGUUGGCAAAAUAAAAAUAAUAGACUGUUUGGAAGAUUGAA